AUGGCGGAUAAAGAUAAAAAAGUAAAGAAGAAGAAGGCAAAAGAAGAGGCACCAGCGGAAGAGGCCCCCGCUGCAGCCCCCGCCCCCUCUGGAGGCAGUGACAGGCAAUCCUCCCGCGGAAGCCGCAAGGCUAAGCGCACUGGUUCCAAUGUCUUCUCCAUGUUCUCACAGAAGCAGGUCGCUGAGUUCAAGGAGGCCUUCCAGCUAAUGGACCACGACAAGGACGGUAUCAUCGGCAAGAACGACCUGCGCGCCACCUUCGACUCGCUCGGCAGACUGGCGUCGGAGAAGGAGCUCGACGACAUGGUGAACGAGGCCUCCGGCCCCAUCAACUUCACCCAGCUCCUGACCCUCUUCGCGAACCGUAUGUCCGGUGGCUCGGACGAGGACGACGUAGUCAUCAAUGCCUUCAAGACCUUCGACGACGAGGGCAAGAUCGACUCCGAGAGAUUGAGGCACGCCCUCAUGACCUGGGGUGACAAGUUCAGCGCCGACGAGGUCGACGAAGCGUACGACCAGAUGGAGAUCGACGACAAGGGCUACAUCGACACCACCAAGCUCAUCACCAUGCUCACCGCCAGCGCCGAGGAGGAGGAAGGCGGCGAGGCCGCGUAA